AUGUCGUCUCACGCUAAAGAAGUGGAAGUAACGAUCACGUCGGCUAAGGACAUCAAGAACGUAAACUGGCGCAACGGCCCGAACAAGCCAUACGCAGUCGUAUGGGUCGAUCCGAAAUACAAAUCCUCUACCAGAGUCGACGACGAUGGCGACACGUGUCCCACCUGGAACGAGACACUUGUCAUCCCUUUGCCUCCGGACAACGACGACGACGAAGAUGAUAAGGUCUACAUCGACAUCGUACACGCUGGUCGUGAGGAGGACACAAAGCCUCUCAUCGGCUCCGCUCAUCUCAGCCUCCUUGAUGUCAUCGAAGAGGCCGGUCUCGGUGUCCCCGUCGCGAAAACCCUAAAGCUCAAACGCCCAUCCGGCCGACCUCACGGAAAACUCGAUGUCACCGUCACCGUUCGUGAGCCUCGGUAUCACCCCGCUCCAGGAUCGUACCACGCGCCGCCUUACGGGUAUACUGACUACACUCACGCGCCACGGCAACCUGCUUACGGUGUACCAUACGCGCCUACUCACGCGCCGCCGCAAUAUGGUGAAACAUACGCGCCGUACGGCCAGUCGGGGUAUGGUUACGCGCCGGAGAAAGAGAAGGGGAGCAAGUUCGGUGGGAUGGGGACGGGAAUGGCGGUUGGGGCGGUGGCCGGAGUUCUUGGUGGGGUGGCUUUAGCGGAGGGACUAGAGGCUGUGGAGGACAACAUAGCUGAGGAAGCGGCGGAGAAGGUGGAGGAUGAUCUGGAUGCCGGAGAGGACGGAUUUGACGUCGGCGAUGACGACGGAGACUUUUAA